AUGAACGACCUGCGAACCACCCUGAAAAAGAAAUGCCACAAGCCUGGGCAAAUCAAGACAGUGUGGUACCAAGCGCCUUACUCUGAACGAACUCCAGCAGUUCUCAGGAUCGGCAGCUCAGAUUUGCUGUCGAUCGCAGUCUUCUCAAGACAUGCGACCGCUUGCCAGCCGAGGUGUUCGAAAGCCCUCAACUCGCGCACUGUUGGUGGAAAGUUCGAAAAGAAACCGAAAGUCGAAUGUGAGGAAUCAAGUCGCUCCUCGAGAUGA